ACUAAACGUGCACUUUUUUAGUGAAAAAUGCAGCCAAUUUCAAGUUGGUGGUAAAUUAAGACAUCUGCACCCUUGCAGCCAUGGCUACACAUAGACUGGGCUGUUUCUUCAUCCUGCAAAUUCCGGUUGCGGUGCUGCUGGUGUUAGAUGGUAUUGCAGCUGCAGCGGGCAGUGAAUACCGCGGGAAGCCCCAAAAGAAGCUCGGUGGUGGUGGACCUGGCGGAACAGCUGCCACUGCUCUCUUCUUCUUUGGCGACUCUUACUUUGAUGCAGGCAACAACAACUACAUUAACACCACUACACUUGACCAGGCAAAUUUUUGGCCGUACGGGGAAUCCUACUUCAGCUUCCCAACCGGAAGAUUUUCCAACGGCCGUUUAAUAUCAGAUUUUAUUGCCGAAUAUGCGAAACUGCCACUGAUUCCGCCGUUUCUGCAGCCGGGAAACCAAGAAUACCGGAAUGGAGUAAACUUCGCAUCGGCUGGAGCGGGCGCUUUGGAUGAGACCUUUCGGGGAGCGGUGAUUGGCCUCAGGACGCAGUUACGAUACUACACCAAGGUGAAAGCAUGGUUAAGACACGAGUUAGGGGACGUGGAAUCCAACACGAUACUAUCAAGAGCUGUGUAUUUGUUUAGCAUUGGGACGAAUGACUACACAAGCCCUUUCCUUACCAAUUCUACCAUGCUGGCCAACUCCGGUUCUCCUUCAAAAUACGCAGGGAUGGUGAUCGGUAACUUGACAUCAGUGGUCAAACAGGCAAUAUACGAUAGAGGCGGAAGAAAAUUUGGUUUCCUCAAUUUAGGGAGCUUGGGUUGUCUACCGGGGCUUAGAAUCCUACAAUCCCAAACAAAAGGAGGUGGCUGCUUCGAAGAAGCUUCAAAGUUGGCAAAUUUACAUAAUCGGGCACUCUACAACUUCUUGUCAAAAAUGGAGGAUCAACUGCAGGGGUUCAGAUAUUCAAUUUGCGACUUCAAUGGUGCUCUAAGGCACAGAAUGGAUCACCCCUCCAGAUUUGGAUUCGAGGAAGGGAGAGCAGCAUGUUGCGGAGCAGGACGAUAUAAAGGAAUAUACAGCUGUGGAGGGAAGAGGGCCAUGGUGAAGGAUUUCGAGCUGUGUGAGAAUCCGAAGAAAUACGUGUUUUGGGAUUCUUAUCAUCUCACUGAGAGGGUCUACAGGCAGAUGGCAUCAGAAAUGUGGAAUGGAUCCAGGAGAAGGGGGCGGCCUUACAGUCUCAAGCUCAAGGAUUUACUCCAAGCUCAAGGAAUUCUUUGACUGAUUAGAAACACUAAUAAAUUUGCCAAGACGCCACAGAAGAAGACAAAAAUUACAAAUAACGCUGUUGACCAGUAUAAUGAACCUUGCAGAAAUUUGAACCUUGCAGAUCAAGUUAAUUUCAAAAGACAUUAUUGAAGACGUCUGAGUUGA